AAGGACGAGUGAUUUUUUUCUUCGAGGAAUCGUAGCAUUUUUACUUCCAGUUGCUUGUCCACUGGAUACAUUUCCAGGGUGGGGUGUUGACAGCCAAAGGGGAAUAAUCAUACGCUACACCCAAUCACAUGAUUGACAUCUCUUAUAUGGAGAGAUUAGAAGCUACAUCGGAGCUUCAAUCCAGAUUGUCGUCGCUGUCAGUUUCUUCUUUCCCCGGAAUUACAUCGAAAAAUUGGGAGAACAGUCCGUUAGACAGGCUUCAGAGUACUGACCUCUCACAGAAUUGCACCUUUUCUAUCAAUCAAGCUGGUAUGGGUGAAAUCAAUGACACCGUGGAGAGUAAUCAGGAGGUUCCUAAUGUGCAAGCUGAGGGCGGAGACACAGAAGACGACAGCGCUACAGGGGAUACUCACGAUACGGAGAGAAAAGCCCAGCUGCCUCCGUUGAAGCCUCCGUCCACAUGGAUGUCUCCGGCGCUCAGAGAGCUGAAGACCAAGCUCCGGCUGGAGAAGGACAGCGUUGUGACGGUGUACCGCGGGGACAUCAUGACUGUGCAUGUUCCCACCGUCCCUGAGGGGAAGCAGGUGUGCUGGGAGUUCGCCACUGAUGGCUAUGACAUCGGCUUCGGGAUCUAUUUCGAUUGGACUCCCGUCACCAGCCGGGCCAUCACCGUGCACGUCAGCGAGUCCAGCGACGAUGAGGACGAGGAUGAAGAUCCCGAAGGACCUGUUAGCAGUGGAGAUGUGGAGAAGGGUUCCAAAUCAGUAGCCAACGUUAACCUGGGGGAAAUCCUUCCUGUGUAUCGCCAGGACAGCCACUUGUCUGUUCAUGGUGGAUGUCAUGAAUUCCCAGGCGAGGGCACCUACCUUCUUAAGUUUGAUAAUUCCUACUCUCUAUGGCGGAACAAGACUCUGUAUUACAGAGUGUAUUACAGUGCCUAAAUAUCCAGUGUGUAGUUAUAGUAUAUGAAUGUAUGACUCCCAAAAAAUUACAAACUACUAUUUUUGAUGCCAUAUACAAAGAAUAUAAACUGAAUAUGUGAUAGUUAAUAGUUGUAUAUUUUUGACACAAUCAGAGCUUGUGUUUGCUCCUGUAGGCCACACAGUUAAUCUGCAGAACCAGAGUGCUACAGAGCAUGACAUUUGUUAGUAUGUCUCCAUGUGUUUCUAAAGAAUAUUUGAUGAAGCCUUGCACAUUUGCAAUUGUUCUGUGUUUGUUUAAAUGUGCAAUUAAGUGAAGCUAAGUGCCCAGGAUAAAGAAUAUGUUUUCUUUCAUUAAAACAUACCCAAGACCCUGAUGAUCUGCUAGUGAGAUGGAUUGAUUGGUCUAAUGCUUUAUCAGGAAACAUGUUCAUUGUCAUAUACGUGUUAUUCUUGUGCAUGCACUUUUUUGAUAUAAUUAUUAUUUCUUAAGUUGUUUUACUCAUGUAUGUUUUUUGUAAAACAGGAUCACCAUGCUUAUCCAAAUGCAAUCAUUUCAAACAGCUAUAGAAAUGGUUUCUCUGUUACCUGUUGUCCAGAUAACAGACAUUUACAGUCUGUCUUUAUGACACAAAUAAAAGCCAUCUCUUAUCACAGAAGGCCCUUAUUAUGUAAAGCUGGUUCAAUAUUUGCAUUCGCCGGAGGUGAAUAUAGUUUGUAUGUCUCAAGCUGGUGGGUUGAUCUUGGUGGUCAGUUACCGGAGGAAGUUGUAGGUGAUGACACAGAUUCAGUUUUGUGUGAUGUGUUGCAAAUGACUUAGACUCUGAUAAUUUAUGUAGAAGUUUCUUUCAUUAUGAAUAAUGUGUUGUCAAUUUGUGUGCUUUCACACUGUUUAUGUGUGUACUUUGAAACACACCCAUUCAUACCUGUAACCUAUAUCCUCCCAUUUAUGUUUCCAAAAUCCAAUGUUUUACCUCACUUGCUUGUUGUGUGCAUGUUCCCAAAGAUCAUAAGAAAUUUGCUGCUAUUGUGUUAAACAACCGAAUAGUUUUUUUUCCAUGUUCACUCUUUCAAUUAAUGUAAGGCCUCUUGAUAUUUACAUGUUUCUGUAAUAAAGAGGAAAAACACC